AUGCCAUCAUCACCUGGUGGUGCCUCUGAAAAAACAGACGAUGGCGAAACAAAUAAUAAUACUUUGGACCACUUGGGUGGAUCUGGUGACAAUAGCCAAUUUAAAAACAGAGAGAAGGGAUUAUUUAGUAGAAGUACAGAUGGCAAAUGUGAUCACUCACUCUAUAUGCUCUUGAGUGAUAGUCAAAACCCAAAACAAUAUAUUCAAUCACUAGUACAAUUAUUAUUAAUGUGGAUGAAAACGGACAUUAAUCCAAGUGAUCCGAUAGAGUUGAAUGAUUUAACAACAUCACUGAUGAAAGUACUUUGCAUAGGCUUUUUUGAAUUUUUAUAUUCCGUGGAGAGUGCAAAUGAAAGUAAUUGUCAACAGAGGCCAUAUGAUGAGGAUGAAUUUAUUGCCAAAUUUUGUGAGGGGGAUGUUUUUGCCUUUAUUGAAAAUUUAAGAGAUUACAAUAGCGAAAAAUCAAAAAAGCUCUUGAUCUAUCUCCAGAAUCAAAAAUUAAACGAAUUAAGAAUGGAAGAUAGUAAUUCAGCAAACAGAUUUUUGAAGCUCAGAUCUGAAAUUGUUCAUGGAUUCAGAGUAUUUGAAUAUGGGACAUUAUUUUAUUACGUCUCUGAAUUGAAAAACUUAAAGAAAGCAUUUGACUAUACAAUAUGGUAUUUUAGAAAUAGUUCCUUGUGUAUGGAUCCAAAUUUCAGAGAUAUUUUAAUGGCCAUUGUUGAUACCCUAAUUAUGCUUAACUUUAAUUCUGUUCUUGAUGCAGCUAAAGAAGUUGAACCAGGUAUUUGGGACUCGGAUUAUGUUAAAUUGGAUGAUGGAGAGAAUGUGUUGGAUCAAUACUUUACUUUGAAGAAGAAUCAAUCAAUUGCUUGUGUAAAGAGAUUGAUAAUUGCGAAUAAGGCUACUCGUUAUGUUAUUACACCUACAAUAUUGGAAACAAUUUUAAAGAGACUUCAAGAUGAUUUUGACUGCAUUGAGGAUAUUAUUGAUAUUUAUCAAGCCAAUACAGAUAAAUUUUCAACAGAUGAUUCUGAAGUAAUACUCAAGCUCAAGACAACAAUUUCCAACAAGUGGAAAUCUUCUUGGGAAUCAAAUAUUAGUGGCUCUGUGCUAGAUCAUCACACCUCUCUUCCUACUCAACUAAAUACAGCGAUACCUGGUGGAGCCAGCUCCCAAAGCACAACCAAUCUCGUUAAUUCCAAUGUUGUAAGAUUUAGUGAGUGGAUUGGCAUUUUCCCAGAGUGUGAGAUUUUUGACACUUUGAAAAAGUUUGAAAAGGUCUCCAGUGAUGUAAAUGCCACAGAAGUAAUGAGAGAUGGAUGGAUGAAGGAAGUAGCUUCUGAUCCAAUUCAAGUUUUAAACUCUAUGCAACGUGCAAUUGAAGGUCUCUAUUGUAACUUGCAAAGCUCUAGAAAAGAUGCCCUCGAAAGUGUAAUAUCUAAGGAAGAAAUUUAUAAGGAAAAUAUCAAAAUUUCUAGAAUGAGAAGACAAAAUGAAAAUUCUGGCACUUCUCAAUCCUCCACCACUGUAAAUUCAUCUCAAACAUUUGUAUCUCCAAGUCUUCUCCUCAGAACUCAACCAUCCUUAACAACUAGUCAACUUUUAACCAAUACAAGUACUGGUAGAAGAACAGAGCACCCAACACCUUCCUCACAAGACAGUAAGAGAGUAAAACGUGACUAA